AUUUAUAUUGUCAACAGCAGCGGCGAACCUUCGCUUGUCGUCAUGGAUAAGGAUGCACUCUGCCUCUGACGGCAUCUCGCGAUUGUCGGCAUGAGUGGCAAAGGCGCCUUGGACAAACGGGCCGUACUCGCAUCGUUCAAGGACCGAGUGCUGGCAGCUCACCCCGAAGCCGAUUUAAUCGAAAAUGGUUUUGUUGUCGAUGGUUUUCUCGACUCGACCCUCACGCGAUACUUGGAGGCUCGCAACUACGUCGAAAACGACUCGAUGAAGAUGAUCACGGAGACGCUGGCGUGGCGGCAGCAGCAUCAAGUGGCCACCAUCAUGGAGCGUCCGUUGGCACAAGAAAAGGUGGACGCAUUGCGCAAGUAUCACCCGCAAGGCGAACACGGAGUUGACCGUGACGGCAACAUCUUGUACGUCGAACGCAUGGGGUACCUCGAUGCCGAGCACCUGAUGAAGCACGUCACGCUAGACGAAGCGGUGCACUAUCACAUUCAAAAGUACGAGUUCCAACACCACGUGACGUUCAAAGACGCGACAGCCGCACAAGGGCGCGUGGUGAACAAGAUGACUGUCAUUUAUGACAUGCAAAACGUGGGGCUGCACACGUUCAAGAAGGUAGUGUUUGACUUUGUCAAGCAAACCAGCGCCAUCGGCCAAGAUCAUUACCCCGACACACUGAGCAAGGUGUUUAUCGUGAACGCACCCUUCUUCUUCUUCACGACGUGGAAACUUGUCGAAGUGUUCCUGAAUCCCACCACACGCAAGAAGAUUCACUUUCUCGGCGGCGGCUUCAAGAACGAGCUCGUGAAGCACAUCGAUCCGACUCAACUGCCAAAGUGGCUCGGCGGCACCUGCGAAUGCUUUCCAUCACGACCGCACGGGGGAUGCAUUUCGUGUGUUGAAAACACGCAGACCAAGGCUUGCUUGGCCAUGGAUGAAUACCUCCUGGCCAAGAAAUUGGCAGCCUCCCUCCUCCCUGAAGCCCCACUUGGUCCAGUGAUGGCCACAGCACCCCAAUAAUUAUGGGACUUUGUAUUAAUAGUUAACUACAGUAAGCUUUCCUUCGUCCA